CCGUAUCUCUCCUCUCUCUUCCUCUGUCGCCCAAGACGAGGCUUAGAGGAGGAGCCUUUCUGGCUUAACGAUUUUAUUUAUAGUACUUGUUCUUCUUCUUGGGUUUCAUAUCCUUUCUAUCAUCAUGGCUGAAAUCUCCUUAGAAGAUGUCAAGAACGAGAAUGUUGAUCUUGAACGCAUUCCCAUUGAGGAAGUAUUUGAGCAGCUGAAAUGUACAAGAGAGGGUUUGACAAAAGAUGAAGGGGAGAAGCGUCUUCAAAUCUUUGGCCCAAACAAGCUUGAGGAGAAAAAGGAGAGCAAGUUUCUCAAGUUCUUGGGAUUUAUGUGGAAUCCUCUGUCAUGGGUUAUGGAAUGUGCUGCCAUUAUGGCCAUUGUUUUGGCCAAUGGAGGGGGCAAGCCACCGGAUUGGCAAGACUUUGUUGGUAUCGUUGUUCUGCUUAUUAUCAACUCAACUAUCAGUUUUAUUGAGGAAAACAACGCUGGCAACGCCGCAGCCGCUCUGAUGGCCGGUCUCGCCCCCAAGACUAAGGUUUUGAGGGAUGGAAAGUGGAGUGAGCAAGAGGCUGCGAUUUUGGUACCAGGAGACGUGAUCAGCAUCAAGUUGGGAGAUAUUGUCCCUGCUGAUUCCCGUCUCUUAGAGGGUGAUCUGCUUAAGAUUGAUCAAUCUGCUCUAACCGGAGAGUCUCUUCCCGUCACCAAGAAUCCCGGGGAUGAGGUGUUUUCCGGUUCCACCUGCAAGCAAGGUGAGAUUGAGGCUGUAGUGAUUGCCACUGGUGUCCACACCUUCUUUGGAAAGGCUGCUCACCUUGUAGAUAGCACCAACCAAGUUGGUCACUUUCAAAAGGUGUUGACUGCUAUUGGCAACUUCUGUAUCUGCUCUAUCGCAUUGGGAAUGGUGAUUGAGAUCAUUGUGAUGUACCCGAUUCAACACAGGGCAUACAGAGAAGGCAUUGACAAUCUUUUGGUGCUCCUCAUUGGUGGUAUUCCAAUUGCCAUGCCAACAGUCUUGUCUGUGACGAUGGCUAUUGGAUCUCACCGCCUGUCGGAGCAAGGCGCCAUCACCAAGAGGAUGACAGCCAUUGAGGAGAUGGCAGGAAUGGAUGUCCUUUGCAGCGACAAGACCGGAACCCUUACUCUCAACAAGCUUACUGUAGACAAGUCCCUUAUUGAGGUCUUCUCAAAGGACGCAGAUAAGGAUACUCUUAUCGUGCUUGCCGCUAGAGCAUCUAGGGUUGAAAAUCAAGAUGCCAUUGAUGCUUCAAUUGUUGGGAUGCUAAGUGACCCCAAAGAGGCAAGAGCGGGAAUCACUGAAAUCCAUUUCUUGCCUUUCAAUCCCGUGGAUAAGCGCACUGCAAUCACCUACACUGACAACAAUGGAGACUGGCACAGAUGCAGCAAGGGUGCUCCUGAGCAAAUCAUUGACCUUUGCGACCUUAAGGGAGAAAAGAGAACCAAGGCUCAUGCUAUUAUUGACAACUAUGCUGAACGAGGCCUACGUUCGUUGGCAGUUGCUCAACAGACCAUUCCAGAGAAGACUAAGGAGAGCGCUGGAAGUCCAUGGGAGUUUGUGGGUCUCUUACCCCUCUUUGAUCCUCCAAGACAUGAUAGCGCGGAAACUAUUCGUCGAGCUCUCGAACUUGGUGUCAACGUUAAGAUGAUCACUGGUGAUCAGCUUGCUAUUGGAAAAGAGACUGGUCGUAGGCUUGGCAUGGGAACCAACAUGUAUCCCUCGUCUUCUCUCCUUGGCCAAAACAAAGAUGACUCCACUACUGGCAUUGCGGUUGAUGAGCUCAUUGAGAAGGCUGAUGGAUUUGCUGGAGUCUUCCCCGAGCACAAGUAUGAAAUUGUGAAAAAGCUACAGGAGAGGAAACAUAUUUGUGGUAUGACCGGAGAUGGUGUCAAUGAUGCGCCAGCACUUAAGAAGGCAGAUAUCGGUAUUGCAGUGGCUGAUGCAACUGAUGCAGCCAGAAGUGCUUCUGACAUUGUCUUGACAGAGCCAGGUUUGAGUGUUAUCAUCAGCGCUGUGUUGACAAGCAGGGCCAUUUUCCAAAGAAUGAAGAACUACACGAUCUAUGCCGUUUCCAUCACAAUCCGUAUCGUGUUGGGAUUCAUGCUUGUUGCUCUCAUUUGGGAAUUUGACUUCUCUCCCUUCAUGGUUCUGAUCAUCGCCAUCUUGAACGAUGGAACCAUCAUGACCAUUUCUAAGGAUAGGGUGAAGCCAUCUCCUUUGCCUGACUCAUGGAAGCUCAAGGAAAUCUUUGCCACUGGUAUUGUCCUUGGAGCCUACAUGGCUAUCAUGACUGUGGUCUUCUUUUGGCUUGCACAUGACAGUGACUCUUUUUCACAAACUUUCGGCGUGAAGCCAAUCAAGGGGAACUUAGCUGAACUUAACUCGGCUCUUUACCUUCAAGUGAGCAUUAUUAGUCAAUCACUCAUCUUUGUAACCAGAUCAAGAAGCUGGUCUUUUGUUGAACGGCCCGGAUUCUUGCUUGUUUUUGCCUUCAUCGCAGCACAACUGGUGGCUACCGUAAUUGCUGUGUAUGCAAACUGGGAAUUUGCCAGAAUCCAUGGCAUUGGUUGGGGAUGGGCCGGUGUGAUAUGGAUUUACAGUUUAAUCACUUACAUCCCUCUUGAUGCCCUCAAGUUCAUCAUCCGAUACGCUUUGAGUGGCAAGGCUUGGGAUACCUUGCUCCAAAACAAGACUGCAUUCACCACAAAGAAGGAUUAUGGGAGAGGAGAAAGGGAGGCACAAUGGGCCAUGGCUCAACGAACACUUCACGGUCUCCAAUCACCCCGAGCGCUUUUCAACGAUAAGAACAACCAUGAGUCCACUGAUAUUGCCGAGCAGGCCAAGAGGCGUGCUGAAGUCGCUAGGCUUAGAGAGCUCCAUACCUUGAAGGGCCACGUUGAAUCUGUGGUGAAGUUGAAGGGGCUGGACAUUGAUACCAUUCAACAGCACUACACCGUUUAAGAGAAUUCUUCCCCGGGGAUGGAACAAGCAUGUUUUUUAAAGCCUGCAGAGAAGCUAAAAAAGUUAUAUAUUUGUCUUCGUUUCUAGUGUUCUCAUUGUUUAAAUUUUCAUAAAAGUAAAUCAAGUGUAAUAAGCAGAUGGAUGAGAUUUGUUUGUAGUUUUAAUUUGAAAUUGGAA